CUGUUGAUACAAAAGAUCAUGGGUGUGGAGGUCCCCAAGGACAAGAUGGAUGGAGCCCUGGAGGACCUGGAGGGCUCUCUGAAACUCACUGAAGAAAAGUUCCUUGAGGUCAAGCCCUUUAUCACAGGAGAGCAGAUCUCAUUGGCCGACAUGGUGGCCAUUGUUCAGAUCAUGCAGGUGAGUGUUUUGCAGCUCUUAUCUCUUCCUACUUCACUGUAGUGGAUUAGACCAAGUACAAUGAAAUGUCCAAGUCAAUGACUGAAUCUGUCUUAGAUUCUUUGGUUGGGAGCUGCUUGUUUCCACAAGUGUUAACUAUAGCAAUUAUUGAUAUAUGAAACAAGUAUGAAUCUUCACCAACCUUACAACAAUACAUUUUGUUGUAAUACAUUAUGUUAUGUUGUGGGCCUUAGUGUAUUUCUGCUUUCUGGUAUCCCACAGCCUGUCAGUUCUGGCUUGGAUGUGUUGAGGGGACACCUAAGUUGAGUGCCUGGCGAGACAGGGUUCAGGCGGCGAUCGGGAAGAACUGUUCAAUGAGGCCCACCAGUGGAUUCUCACGUCCAAGGAAAUGGUCAAGAAUAUGGACGGCAGCAAGAUGCAGGUCUUCAAGCCCAAGAUCUUGAUAUUGUUCUUCUGA